CAGUCGCCGCCCGAAACUGGCCGCCGAAAGACGCGCCCUACGCGCCUCCUCCACCCGUGCACUUCUCUCAUACCGGGUUUUAGUUUCGCACCAUAAUGACAUAGUCCCAGUGCCGUGCGACGAGACAACGUGAAAGCGCACAUUUUAGUUUUUCUUUGACGAAGAAGACGUAACGGUCUCCGUUGUUCCAGAACUAGGGACGAUCCACUUCAUUCAAUCGAGGAUCGUGGUUGAGAUCGGAGGCGGUCUGCUCUUUUUUAAUCCGCCUUUUGAGUAGAGACUUGCGAAAAUGGGCGAGACCCGCCGGAAACCCCCUGCGAAGAAACGGAAAGCGGGAGACUUAGAUGAUCUUAAACAGGAAUUAGAUAUCGAUUACCACAAAGUAACGCCAGAGGAACUGUACCAAAGAUUUCAAACGCACCCCGAAAAUGGACUUAGCCACGCAAAAGCGAAAGAGAACCUUGAACGAGAUGGCCCAAAUGCACUCACACCUCCAAAACAGACGCCUGAAUGGGUUAAGUUUUGUAAAAAUCUCUUCGGUGGUUUCGCGUUAUUACUGUGGAUUGGUGCUAUCCUAUGCUUUAUUGCCUAUGGUAUUGUGGCGAGUACUGUUGAAGAACCCUCGGACGACCACUUGUAUCUCGGAAUCGUAUUGGCGGCUGUCGUUAUCGUGACUGGAAUAUUCUCUUACUACCAAGAAAGCAAGUCUUCCAAGAUCAUGGAAUCCUUCAAGAACAUGGUACCUCAAUUCGCUACCGUUAUCCGUGAAGGAGAAAAGUUAACGCUUCGCGCUGAGGAUCUGGUGCUUGGAGACGUUGUUGAGGUGAAAUUCGGCGAUCGUAUUCCUGCUGAUAUCAGGAUCAUUGAGGCUCGUGGAUUCAAAGUCGAUAACUCAAGUUUAACUGGCGAAUCGGAACCUCAGUCUCGUGGACCCGAGUUCACUAAUGAAAAUCCUCUGGAAACUAAGAACUUGGCAUUCUUCUCCACCAAUGCUGUUGAAGGAACUGCUAAAGGAAUCGUUAUCUGCUGCGGUGACAACACGGUCAUGGGUCGUAUUGCUGGUCUGGCGUCUGGUUUGGACACUGGUGAAACCCCCAUUGCUAAGGAAAUCCACCACUUCAUCCACUUGAUCACCGGCGUGGCUGUCUUCCUCGGAGUUACUUUCUUCAUCAUUGCCUUUAUCCUUGGUUAUCAUUGGCUUGAUGCUGUCAUUUUCCUUAUUGGUAUCAUUGUAGCCAACGUACCCGAAGGUUUACUCGCCACCGUAACUGUAUGUUUGACCCUGACUGCCAAGCGCAUGGCCUCCAAAAACUGUCUCGUGAAGAAUUUGGAAGCUGUAGAGACCCUUGGAUCUACAUCUACCAUCUGCUCAGACAAGACCGGAACCUUAACCCAGAACAGGAUGACAGUUGCUCAUAUGUGGUUCGAUAACCAGAUCAUUGAAGCCGAUACUACUGAGGAUCAAUCUGGAGUACAAUAUGACCGCACCAGCCCCGGAUUCAAGGCUCUCGCCAAGAUCGCAAGUCUCUGCAAUCGUGCCGAAUUCAAAGGUGGUCAGGACGGUGUGCCUAUUCUGAAGAAAGAAGUAGCUGGAGAUGCCUCCGAAGCUGCCCUGCUUAAAUGUAUGGAACUGGCCCUCGGGGAUGUACUGUCUAUCAGGAAGAGGAACAAGAAAGUAUGCGAGAUCCCCUUCAACUCUACCAACAAGUACCAGGUGUCUAUUCACGAAAGCGAUGAUCCCAGCGACCCACGUCACCUGCUGGUCAUGAAGGGAGCUCCCGAGAGGAUCCUGGAACGCUGCAGCACUAUCUUCAUUGGUGGCAAGGAAAAGGUCUUGGAUGAGGAAAUGAAGGAAGCUUUCAACAAUGCCUACUUGGAGCUUGGUGGACUUGGUGAACGUGUACUCGGUUUCUGCGACCUUCAACUGCCUUCCGACAAGUACCCCAUUGGCUAUAAGUUCAACACUGACGACCCCAACUUCCCACUCGACAACUUGCGUUUUGUUGGCCUCAUGAGUAUGAUUGACCCCCCUCGCGCUGCCGUACCCGACGCUGUCGCCAAAUGCCGAUCCGCUGGUAUCAAGGUCAUUAUGGUUACCGGAGAUCACCCUAUCACUGCCAAGGCUAUCGCCAAAUCCGUCGGAAUUAUCUCUGAAGGAAACGAAACCGUUGAAGACAUCGCCGCCCGUCUGAACAUUCCCGUUUCUGAAGUCAACCCUCGUGAAGCUAAGGCCGCCGUAGUUCACGGAACUGAACUCAGGGAUCUUAACUCGGAUCAACUCGACGAAAUUCUCAAGUUCCACACGGAGAUCGUAUUCGCCCGCACCUCCCCUCAGCAGAAGCUCAUCAUCGUAGAAGGUUGCCAACGCCUGGGUGCAAUUGUGGCCGUGACAGGUGACGGUGUCAAUGACUCGCCAGCUCUCAAGAAGGCUGACAUCGGUGUAGCUAUGGGUAUCGCCGGCUCCGACGUGUCCAAACAAGCUGCCGACAUGAUCCUGUUGGACGAUAACUUCGCGUCUAUCGUCACCGGAGUCGAGGAGGGUCGUCUCAUCUUCGACAACCUCAAGAAGUCCAUCGCUUACACUCUGACAUCGAACAUUCCUGAAAUUUCCCCCUUCCUUGCGUUUAUCCUUUGCGACAUUCCACUGCCGCUAGGCACUGUUACCAUUCUCUGCAUCGAUCUCGGAACCGACAUGGUACCCGCUAUAUCAUUGGCGUAUGAGGCACCAGAGUCAGAUAUCAUGAAGCGGCAGCCUCGAGAUCCCUACCGCGACAACCUCGUCAACAGAAGGUUGAUUUCCAUGGCUUACGGACAAAUCGGAAUGAUUCAAGCCGCAGCUGGUUUCUUUGUAUACUUCGUGAUCAUGGCUGAGAACGGAUUCCUUCCCACCAAACUGUUCGGGAUCAGGAAGCAAUGGGACUCUAAGGCCAUCAACGAUCUGCCCGACUCCUAUGGACAGGAAUGGACCUACCGUGACCGCAAGGCUCUGGAGUUCACUUGCCACACGGCUUUCUUCGUUUCCAUCGUCGUAGUACAGUGGGCGGACUUGAUCAUUUGCAAGACUCGCCGUAACUCUAUCGUCCACCAGGGCAUGCGCAACUGGGCCCUGAACUUCGGUCUCGUGUUUGAAACUGCCCUCGCCGCCUUCUUAUCCUACACUCCCGGCAUGGACAAGGGUCUGCGGAUGUAUCCUCUCAAGUUGGUGUGGUGGCUGCCCGCCAUUCCCUUCAUGCUGUCCAUCUUCAUCUACGAUGAGAUCCGACGCUUCUACCUGCGCCGUAACCCCGGCGGCUGGCUCGAACAAGAGACUUACUACUAAUCUGCACCGACCGCUGUCCACACCGUCGCGUCGUGCAACUCUUAGUUACCGCGUACAUUUCAUUUGUGUUCUUAUAUCAGACUGACAGAGGUUGCGGUGCCGUUCAGGUAUAUGUGUAAUCGCUGUCGUGUAAGCUUCUCACCGCUUGUUACCGCAUCGCCGCCGAGUGUCCGCCGCGGGUCCGCCGCCCCUCCACCGCCAGUCCGCCGACACAGCGCCGAUGUUCCCCGCGAGCGCCCGGCCUCGGUCGCGGAUCUUCGUCCUGAUAUAUAUUCGUGAACUAUCUAUGUAAUAUGUAUAUAUGAACAGUGAGAGUUAUUAUGUAUUUGUGAUGUUUAAUGAUGUUAAACACUUUGAUUUGUUAUGACGUGAAUCUCUUUAUAAAGUAUCAUGCUGUAGGCUGCGGGAGGACGAGCCGCGUCUCCCUGUAGCGACGGCCCCGCGGCACGCACGCGUCUUUAGAUCGCCCUCGGUCAUAUAACAUAGAAUGUAAUGAUAUGAUUAAAUUGUUUUUCACACACUUAUAUGAUAAGUAACAGAUAUCGUUUAGCGGUAGACGUCCGUCGCCGCCCGGCCGGCGCCCGCCAGCGCCCGGCGGCCGACGAGGAGCAUUUGUUGUAAUUAACGGUUAAGAAGCUACGAUCGUAAUCGUUUAAGUGAUCUAGAUUAAGUUGAAUUUUUCGAGUGAAUAAUGUUUAGUUGACGAUACGAAGUGGUGCGUGGUGUGUGAGAGCUCGAUGUGGAGUGCCUGAGUUUUAGUGUAUUACUGCUUACUGUUAGGUAGGUAGUUGAAAUUUUGAGCCAUAUUUUCAAUCGUAAAGUAGUCAAACGAAGCAUACACAGUCGCGAACGCUUAGCGGGCCGGUGCGUCGGCGGACGUGACGUCAUCCGCGCCUCGCCGCCGCCGCCCGAGCCGGGGCCGGACACUAUGCUUUUCUUUUUCUAAAAUUAACUGAUAUUAGUGAUUUUCGUGAAAUUCAUUAAAAUAGUCCGCUCAUUGUAAUGUAAGAUUUUAUUUCUUAAUUAAAAGAUAAUAAACAAAACGUAGAAAUGCGUAAUUAGAAAUUUUUAAAAUUAUACAGUUAUGAUAGAGUCAUCUUGUUUUGAUCGGCGUUCCGUCCCUCCGUCGACCGGGCCGGGCCGGAGCGGGCCGGCAGUGGACGACGGACGGUCCGUGGGCAGUCCGUGAGCAGUCCGCGAGCAGACCGUGGGCGCCGGUCGGAGGGACCGAGCGAUCGAUGAAUUUCAAUUUUCGUAACGAAAUAACAUAUAACAUAUAAUAAUGGUUACAAAAGUAAUAAUUAUAUUACAUUAUAGCGACUAUAAAUCUAAAUUAUAUGAAAUGUUUAUAGAUUUAAAUGAUGUUUGUUUGUUUAGAGUGACCUUCAGUGCUCGUUCUCUGUGAGCGACGUACGUUCCGCAGACAAUAGUCUAUGUUUGAAUUAUUUGUAUGAUCUUUGUAAGCUAUUCGUUUAACGUACACUGUAGAACUAACUUUGUGUUGCGUUCGACAGUUCUUUACACAGUUUCAUUUUAUAGUAUUACUCUGUUGGCUAGGAAUGCUGUAAAAAUGUAAGUGUUAAUAAAAAAAACAUUUUCAAAAUAUUA